AAAGGAAUUGGGAUCGCUUGGGAGCCGAAUGUCUCUCACUUGGCUGAGAAUUUUGAAUUGUUCACAACUUUGACUUGUAUCUCUACAGCCAGAGGAAGCAGAAGAGGAGCAUUUGCAACUUGAAAGGAUUUGCAAGUUUGAAUGUCUAACAACUAUGAAAUGUGAACAACUUCAAAGGCUACCAAAGGUCUUGCAUUUGGUCACGUUCUUUGCGGAUAUAGAGAUUGCCAGUGGCCAAGAAUGGUUUCUGUUUUAAUGAAUAACCUGCCUCCAACUUGAAGAAGAUUGAGGAUUGAAGAUUGCAAGAAUUUACAAUGUUUGGUGGAUGAAGAAGAAUAUACUAGCACAACUUCACCUUUCUUUAGGUAGUGACGUUUGUUGGCUGUUUAGCUGACAUAUUCUUUCCAGAAGAGGAUUUCCCUACCAACCUAAUGUCACUUGGCAACAGAGCACCCAAUAUUUGUAGGUCACUACUUCAAUGGGGAUUGCAUAGACUCAGCUCUCUCAAAAAACCUGUUCAUUAAUGGUGAAGAAUAUCUAGAUGUGGUGUUGUUUCUGCAAGAGGAGAUAGGAAUGAUGUUGCUUCCCCCUCUCAGCGAUAUCACAAUAUGUGAUUUCGAAAACCUGAAAUUGCUAUCAUUGGAGGGCUUUCAAAACCUCACGUCUCUUCAGUCUUUAGAGAUCAAUGAUUGCUCUAAGUUCACAUCUCUUCCAGAAAAAGACAUGCUUCUUUUACUUUGCCAUGUUCAGAUUGAUGAUUGUCCUUUGCUAGAAGAACGGUGCGAAAGGGAUAAAGGACAUAGCUAAUGUUCAAAUCAAUAAUGAACAGCAUUAUCCCAAAGAGAUUGAAAUCUUGAAAUUGAAAGUCAAAAGCCACAUUUGAGGCUUGAAAGCUUCAAAGUGCAGUUGGUAUAUAUAGCUCUAUUGAAAGAUCAGGUGUGAAUUUCUUGAUUCGUCUUUUUGACUUAUGAAACUGAUUAAAAAGAUCAAGGACGAAAGAGGACUGUGUCCCCACCAACUAAAUGUUACUUUGGAUCUCUGCUGUUAAAAUCUGUAUACCAUUAUCACAUUGGGGAGUGCACAUACAAAUCUGCCAUGGACAACUUCCCAUUGGUGAUAAUGAUGCUGCCGGCCACCUUUCAAACUUUCCUUGUCAUCAAGAAGUCCCCUAAUUUGGAAUACCAGCACUGCAAGAGCUUUCAGAACCUCUCUUUGCUGAAAGAUUUUAAUACUUAAUUGCCUCAAUCUAGAAAAAUGGCAUAAAGAUGAAGUAGUCAAAGAUAUCUCCUGUGCCUCAUGUAUUAAUAAGAGAUUACUUAUAAGCCAGAGAGGAAAACUAGUUGUUUUUCGUAGAAAAGGAGUGAAAAAAGCAGAAUAUACCAUGCUUGUAAAUUCAAUCCUAGGUAUGUCAAUGGGAAAAUCCUCCCUCCUUUUCCUCUUUGAACAAUUAAUUAAAACUUGUAUGAUCACCAAGUGUUGAUUUACUUGUACAUACAGAAGUCUGAACAUGAUUAUGAAACACCAAGGAUGAAUUCAGCCUCCAGAUCUAAUUAAUGGCCAUAAAAUCAAUGCAAGGCAGAGGUGAGCUUUUAUAUAUUGGACUACAUUAAGAUAAUAUGCCUCACCAAUGGAAACAAUCCCUCCUUCUAAAUGAUCUAUGCAUGUAUAAUUCUAUUUUUGUAUUGAACUUCCAUUAGCAGUCACAUAACAUUAAUUCCACGCCCAUGGAAUAUUACUUAUUAGCCGCAGAAGGGAAAAAUGGUAAGAAUCAGAGAAACUACCAUGCUUGUAGAUAUUUGGUAUGUCAAUUGGGAAAAUUCUCCCUUUCUUUUUACACUUUGAUAAUAAUUAAUUAAAUUUUUUAUGCUAACCAAGUUUUAUUCUAGUUGUACAUGCAGAAAUUUGAGCAUCAGUAAAUUUAACCUCCAGUUGUAAUCUAUUGACUAUAUAAUCAAUUCAAAGCAGAGGUGAGCUUUAUUAGGGUACCUUAAGAUAAUAUGCCUCACCAACGGAACAUCCCUUAUGCUAAAUAACCUUAUGCAUAUCUACUCCAAAGUUUCAGGUUGGAGCUACUAAUUACUCAUCUUCAAUCUCCAUAGUGUGACCCUCAUUUGCAAUAGGUUUAAGCAGAUGAUCCCCAAUUGAAAGUACAUUGCAUUUCUCAUGUAACGUGUAGAAUUAUUUUUUCACACAACUGUUGUACAACUUGGCACACAGAGAUUCAAAGAGCUUAUGUAACAGCUUCCGUGGCUCUUUAUGCCAAGCUUUUUUUGCUUCUAAUAUUACACAUUUAACAUACCCUGCAUGUUGGUUUUUCAGCCUUCAGCAAUCUAGCUUCUCUGUCACUGGGCUGUGGCCAUGCUUAAAAUUUCUGCAGAUCAAAGCACUUUUUUCCUUUUAUUGGGUAUGUAUAGUGUAUGCCGUCAUUUUGUAUAAUCAGUAAUGUUCUUUGGCUUUUCAGAAGGUGCUUGUCUGUGUCAUCCCUGUGCCAAAAAGGAGUGUUACAAUGGUAGAUGGUAGUUUUGAUGCAAGAUGUUCUACAAAUGUUUUACCUCUGUUGGUGCCUCAUCCUUAGUCCCACGGUGCUCAUUAUCCAUCAUUUUAUGAAGCAAUUGAUGUGUUGUGCAACAGCUACUGAGGCAAGAGUAAAGUAGAAUGGAUUGUUGUGACAAAUUAUGACCUGGUACUACCUUGGAGUUUUCUACAGCACUAAUUCAUGGGAUAUAAAAAGCUGAUGAAGUCUCUAGGUGAUGUGUCCUAACUAGGUAAUGGUUAUGCAAUCAGGGAGCUAAUCUCUAAGAUCCAAACGUAGAAAUUCAAUUAUAGCCUCCUGCUCCUGAGAAACGGAAAUGAGUGCCAAUAGUAAAAUCACCUCAUAUUUGCAGAACCUGAGGUCUCUCAGUUGGGAAGGAUGAUAAGAAGUUAUUGACCUUUCUUGGGAAGUAGAUUGAAUUCUGCUUUGGCUUUGUAGGGAUCAUUUGCGUGCUUUUUGCUGCCACUGCCACCACUGCUGCUGCUACUUUCCCUUUUUUUUCUUAGGUUACUCAGGUUCAGAUACUCAGGUUCAAAUUUCAAUUUCCUUGCAGUUUCGGUGCAAGUUACUUUCUCCGAUGAUGCUAUUCUGGUCUCAUCCCCUCAGCAUCAGAUUCCUCUUGCAAUCCUUGUUGGCCAUUUCUGGAUUACUCUGGUGGUUUGCUUCCUAUUCUGCUGCUUCUCCAUGGCUGGUAAGAUAAGAGGCUGGCUUUAAUGCGAAAAGGAGGCUAAGAUUCUGUGACUUGCUCCCCUGCCUUCUCCAGUAACAUCUCUCGGGACCUGCUGACUGUGGUUGAGUGUUAAGAAAUUCCUCUGGCUCUGUUCUAGCUUUGUUUUCUGGCCAAAUGGGUGUGGUAGACUAAUGUUGCUGAAAUAUAAUACUAGAUUUGCUUUGAAAAUAUUCUCCAAGACCAGUUGGAAAGGGAAAAAGGUGCUGGUGGUUGAAUCAGAUUCGACGGCAAUUGUGCCUUGGGUGAAGAAGAUUGCAGAUUGCCCAUGGAAUUUGUGUGUUACCUUCAAUUAGAUUGAUCCACAUAUUGCUGACAUUGGUGAAGUCUACUUUGGUAAUAUCUGUUGGGAAGUUAAUGGCCUUGCUCACUCUUUAGUGUGUAGAACUGAUAUGUUCAUGGGUUGGUGGUUCAGCAGGCUGUUAUUUCAUCUCCACCCUUUGGGCAUCAUUGUACUAGGCCUGUUAUUAGAGGUUUUAUGGUGUGUAUAUUUUCACUCUUUUGGGUGUUAUUUUAGUCCAGCGAGACUGAUUGUUAUCCGUCUCCCAGGUGUAGUAUUUUUCUUUCAGCCUUCACUAACAUCUCCCUCAACAGAGAUGCAAAAAUUGGCAUAGCAAACCAUUCUAUGAAGCAUAUUGCCCUGUCAAAUUUAUCAUUUGUUGAUUGUCAAUGGCAUCCAGAAGAAUUGAACAGUUGUUUGAUGCCGUAUCAUAAGUAAGAUUCAAUGUUUGUAUUUAUACAAUUUCUGCAACUGUAUAUGCAGGGUUGAAGGUUCAACCGAAAAUGACCUGAAUUUUACUUAAUUAAAAAAGGCCAAAUAAAUGUCUUUACAGUGGUUACUAAGGAUAUAUUAUAGUUGUUGCCCCAGUGGUCACAAAAACUGAGUCCUACAUGAAGGAAAGUUCAUGGUGGAUAAGGCAGUUUAGGGUUGGUGCCAAACAAAUUGUUUAGAGGAUCUAAUCUAACAACAACAAUCCAAUAUAUAGGAACAAAUCCUGCCGCCCCAAGAAUAAUCUGUAGAUCACAAGAGUCCAGAACUUUACUAAUGAGUUUUUAUACUAUAAACAUUGAUUGCAUGGUUCAUUCUUUAGGAACGAAAGAAACCCAAUGCUUACACAAGAAAGCACCUGGAGAAGCUUGUGUUUGGUUUGUUUGGGAUUAGCUGAUGGAUGCAAUUGAAGCUCAGCAAGGCAGCAAAUCAGAAAUUGGAACACUUCUUCCAGAGGAUGCUUCCACAGCCGCUGAUCAAGUUUCAAUGUUCAUGCCCGAUAAGCGCUGGAAAUGGUGGGUUCUUGUGGUACUCAACAUUGGCUUUCUCUUGCUUGGUCAAUCCGUUGCUGUUCUUCUAGGCGAAUUCUAUUUCAAACAUGGACACAGUAAAUGGAUGGGAGCACUUGUGCAAACAGCUGGAUUUCCAGUCCUCUUUCUCCCACUUGUAUAUUUUCCUUCCCCUCAAAACUUGCCAAGUACCUGCAACAACACAAGCCAGCCUUCACUUCUCACUCUUAUUUUGGUUUACUUUUCUCUUGGCUGUCUACCAGCUAUAGACAACUUCUUGUAUUCAGUAGGCCUUUGGUCUCUUCCUAUUUCAACUUAUUCUCUCAUUUGCGCCAGCCAAUUGGUAUUUAACGCGAUAUUUUCCUUAGUUAUCAAUUCGGAAAAACUCACAAUCCUAAUAUUGAAGUCGGUAACCCUUCUAACCAUAUCAGCUUCAUUGAUUGCAGUUCAUCCUGAUUCUUCUGAACGUGAAGCUGAGAAACAUUCAGGAGGAAAGAAAGAACGUGUCAUUGGUAUCUUAUGCACUGUUGGUGCUUCAGCAGCCUACGCUUUAUUGCUUUCCCUUACACAAUUUUGCUUCGAAAAAGUACUGAAGAAGGAAUCAUUUUCUGUUGUAUUCGAAAUGCAAGUCUACACUUCUUUGGUUUCUACUUUUGUUUGCAUAGCGGGAUUGUUUGCAAGUUCAGAAUGGAAGAAGCUAAAUUCUGAGAUGGAGACAUUUAAAGGGACAUUUAAAAAUGGGAGGGUGCUUUAUGUCCUGAGUUUGGUUGGAGCAGCUUUAGCUUGGCAGAUUUGUACGGUAGGAGUUGUAGGACUAAUCUUUCUGGUGUCUUCUCUCUUCUCCAAUUUUGUUAGUAUGCUGUGUCUGCCAUUUGUUCCUGUGGUCGGUGUGCUGUUUUGUCAUGAAAAAAUGGAUGGCAUCAAGGUAUUGGCCAUGUUGUUGACAAUUUGGGGUUUUGCUUCUUAUCUCUACCAGCAAUACCUUGAUGAUCAUAAGCCAAAGGACAAAGAAACUGGUCCAACUCCAGGAAUUCAAGAGUCCAAGCUUGUCUGACCUGGAAUUUUAGUAAAAAGAGUCAGUGAACUGAAAAGAGCAUUAUGAGGUUGAAAUCACUUUUUGUUUAUUAAAAGCUCCUGCUGAAUGUAUCUACAAGCUUCAUAUUACAACUUGUCUUGAAAUUUUUAAUUUGGAAUUUCAGUUUUUUGGUUGUAAAUAUUCCUGUCAACUGUCACAGAAACUUAAACAAUAU